GUUUGCGCCACGAUGAGCUAUUUUUGUGGAGCUCGCUGCGUCUCUUCUUGGUCAGCAAAACGAAAGCGGAAAAAAAAAAUGCGUCUGGUUUUAAUCCGACACCCCCCUGGCGCGCUGGGCGAGUUGGUGAGUCUGGGAUGAAAGAGUGCCCUGAGCUUCCCCCUACCGUGAAUGAGUGAGUGGAUAUGAACGUGGCACUUUCACAAGGCUUUACAACGCAAUAGACGGAGCUUCAAACACGUCCCUAAAAACAAGAAAACCAGCUUCUCCGAACGCCAGUUACACAUCCAGAUUGAUGGAUCUGUUGAAUGGACGCGCGCUUCUGUGGCUCUGCUCGGUCGAAAGCACAAAAUACGAAUCUGGGGGCUGCUUUUAAGAAUAGGGCAGCUGCAUGGAAACACGAGAAGGCUCGAUGGUGCAAAUUACUCUUUUCAUUUUUUGAUGUAUUCCUGGAGCAGAACCGGAGCUAAAUGUGGCACGCGGCAAAACGCGGGGUUCUCACAGGGCGAUGUUUUCCUUGGGCACGCCUAGAUGUUGAGCGGAAAGAAUCCGAAAUCUCCGCAGCCCAAAAGUGAUUCAAGGAUCGGUCCAGAUGUCGCCGGACAAGCUCGAGUUGCCGCUGUCUCGUGUGCGGAUGAUUCUGCGGGGGGUUGGGUGUCCGACUGCACCCUGGCAGGCUCGCUGAGAGCCAUGGAGCCGGGACAAAAUCUUGUGCACAGCAAGCCCGCUGCAGCCGCCGACGCAGACAGCGCCCUUUCCGAAUCGCAGGCGCGAGCUACUUUUUCGCACGAGAGUGCCGCCCACACGACGAGAGUCGGCAGCCUCGAGCCACGGCCCCCACAUCGCCCAGCCACCUCCGUCGACAUCUCAAAGCCGCAGAGCCUGGAGGGCGAACGGUGGCCGGGAUCUCACGGCGAUCUGGAUCGCGCUUCCGGCCGCGAACUUCACGCCAUCUCUCCACCGGCGCUCUCGCAGCAGCUGCUGCCCCUUCAGCCUCAGCCACCGCCGCACCCGGCGCCAUACAUCUACAGCGUGACACUCCCGCCCAGCUGCGGGGCAGAGCAGGCAGGCUACUACCGGCGGCCCGCCGCAUCCCGCGAUGCCGCACCGUCGACGGAGGUGGCCGCGGCGGCACAGGCAUACGUCUUGCACCCCGGAGGGUCCGCUGUCCGGCCCGUGUGCGAGCAGGUCACCGACUUGCUGCGCAAGGAGAGGAGGCCUAAGAAGCCAGGCAAGUACAUCUGCUCAUACUGCGGGCGGGCGUGCGCCAAGCCGAGCGUCCUUCAGAAGCACAUCCGCUCCCACACCGGCGAGCGGCCGUACCCCUGCGCCCCCUGCGGCUUCUCCUUCAAGACGAAAAGCAACCUGUACAAGCAUCGCAAGUCGCACGCGCACGCUAUGAAGGCCGGGGCAGGGCCCAGCGGGGACGAGGGGGAGGGGUCCUUCCUCGAGUCGGGCAGCGUGGACGAGCAGGAGGGCCGCUCCGAGGGGGACGAGACCACGGACAGCGAGGACGAGAGCGGCCUCGAGGAAAUGGCCCAAGCGAGCUCAUCAAUGGGCCCCGAGCCUCCGACGAUGACGAGCAAAAACGUGGCGGUGCCUCCGACUCAUCCCGCAGAAGCAGAGGCAAAGUGGGUCGGCUCCUUGGCGACAGCCACCUGCUUGCAGCCCGCGGGAAUGGUCCCGGAGCGUGGAAUGGUGGUGCCGUCGCAGCCACCCGCGCUGCGCAGCAGGAGCCCCAAGCUGUACGAGGCGACGAGGGAGCGGCCGACCACGUGCCACCCCGGAGAGCACCAGGCGGUGCGGCAGAAGUUGGCGUGGACGCUGAAGCUGGCCGAGCGGAAGAGGCUCGAGAGUGACCAAGCGCAGGGCCUCCAGAGGCAGCCCAGGUGUCCGCCGCACCCCUCGCUGGAGCUGCUGAGCCCGAUGAGCAAAAGCAGCACGGACUCGGGCUACUUCUCUCGUUCGGAGAGCGCCGAGCACCAGGGCAGCCCGCCCAGCGCGGCGCCCGCCAUGACGUACAGGGAGAUGGUGCUGGGGAAGAACGUGCCUCCCGGUCUGAGAGGGACCGACGCAUACGUUUCCGCCGCCGUCGCGGAGACCGUCGCGAGGCCCGGGCAGGGGAAGCUGCCGUUGGAGAAGAAGCUCAUAGAGGAGCACAUCUCCAGGCUGAUUUUGCACAACGAGGCAGUGAUGGACGACAAGGAGCUGGACAGCGUGAAGCCGCGCCGCAUGUCGUGGUCGCGGAGGGGCAGCUUCGACUUCUCGAAGCAGCACCCGGAGUGCGACCCCGACGCGUCGAGGGGCGCGACCCCGCGGCACCACCUCGCCGAGCAUCACAGGCCGCCGCACAGCCACGCCUUCUCGAUCCGCCCCGAGGCAGCCCGGCGGAGCGCGGAAGCGGCGCCGCUCAACCGGAGCAACUCGACGCCGGUGACCCCCGGCUAUGCGGGGCGGGCCGAGGCCACCGGGCGCUUGCCAGGCUCGUCACGCUCCAGCCGCUCCUUCGACGAGGCGACGCCACCGCGCGGGAAGGCGCAGCCGUACCCGGGGCACCAGCGCACCCUCGUGAGGCAGAAGGCCAUCGAGGUGCCCCUGGCCGGCGAGAGCCAUGCGGCGCCGCCGCCAGAAUUUUCCGAGCUCAAGUCCGUGUCGAUGGACGAAGGGAAGAGGGGCUGCUCCUUGGGGGAGACCCUAACAAGGCGCUAUCGAAGCUUGGAGGAGAGCUACUCUCAGGAGGAGAGCGCGGAGAAUGAUGCCUUCUUGCAGGUGAGGAUACGGAAAGGGUCGAUGUACGAAUGCGAAAUCUGCGGCGUCCGCUACAGGAAGGCGGAGAACUUUGCGGUGCACAAGAAGUUUUAUUGUUCGGAGCUGUAUGCCCCCAAGCUCAAGCAGAUGGCCCCCAAGGUGCCGCUCGAGUCGGAGACACCGCAGCAGGACAUGCAGCCGCAGAUGGUGCACUUCAAGGUGUCCGCGGCGGCUUCGGAGGGCGCUGUGGGCGUACGGAAACGCAGGAAGGAGAAGACGGCUGGAGAAGAAGAGGAGUUUCCACCGGAAAAGCCCACGGCGCCGCUGCACGGACACUUUCUGACAUCGUGGCAACAAACUGUUACUGCAUCAUCGUCUGCGCCUGCACACCUCCAACGGGAACAUUAUGCUUCCGCGAGCCUCAGUAGCGCCCCUGCAGAGAGCGAACCGGCUGCGACCUUCCGCCCGGCCACGACGUACACGGUAGCGGCGGCGGAAGGGCACCCUUCUCAGAGAGGCGAUCGCAUUUCCUCAGUUCACGCUCCUCAUAGCAGAGGAGGGGAGGACAUUCACUCGGCCGUCGAGAGGGCACUCAAGGCGGCGCCGGCCGUGACGCGGACCGGCAGCAAGGAGAUUUCUGUGAUUCAGCAUACAAAGUCUCUGAGCCGACCCAGCUCCUUCGAGAGGGCGGAGUCGGUGGAAGCGACGCAAGGCGAGGGGGAGCCGACGACACAAUCGAGUGGCGUGUCUUUACUCAAGGAAAGUGCGACGGGCCAGUAUGAGAGGGCGGAGGGCGCAGAAACACAGGGUAUUACAUUUUCAGUGCCUUAUCAGCAGCAACAGCAGCAGCAGCCAGUACGGCAGACCACCCUCCUGGUGCCAGAGAUACUCGUGACGGAGGACACGGACAAAGACCCGACAGAGGUCGCGAGGAAGGAGCAGGAGAAGGCGGCCCAGGAGUUCCAGUGGCCGCAGAGGAGCGAGACGCUGUCGAAGCUCCCCGCCGAGAAGCUGCCCCCGAAGAAGAAGCGCCUGCGCCUGGCCGACCUGCAGCACUCCUCCAACGAGUCGAGCACCGAGUCAUCGUCGCUGUCGCGCAGCAUGAGCGGCGAGUCGAGCAGCAUCUCGCGCGGCUCCAGCUUCUCCGCAUCCUUCGAGCGAGACGACACGGCCACCAAAGCACAAAGCGCCGUUGCUGCCAACGUCGCUGCCGGUGCCACCGUCGCCGCCGCCAGCAAACCAUCCGAGUUCCUCACCGUGCCCAGCGCGCACCACCGCCGUGAAGUCAAGGAGAUGUGCCGCUCAUCCUCGGAGCAAGGGCCCGCCCCGGAGAAGCCGGUGCAGCUGUCCGAAACCCGUAGCAAGUCGCUGGACUACGGCAGCGGAACGCAGCAUCCUGCGCCGACGGCGCCAGUGGUCACGUCGACAGCGGCGAUUGGCACGUCAAGGCGAAGAGGAAUCUUGGUCCGUCAGGCGUCUUUAAGCGGAAGCCCGGACAGCCCUGAACCGGCCCCGCCUCAGGGCGAGACGUCUUCUCGGCCGUCGUGGCUAAGCGAAGCUUCGGACACAAAGCAGCAGCACGUGCAGAGAACGUCUUCGACCGGGAUGUCUCCCCGGACACCCGAGCAGAGUGCGUCUCCAAAGCCCUCGGCGUCUCGUCGAGACGCACAGUCGCCGCCUGCGCAGCGGAUGUUUGUUCCACCUCCACCGGCUCCUAUAUUGAUCAGCGGCGCCCUGGGCCACCUACCCGCCGUGGGUACGCUGCAGCCCGUCUACUCCCUUUCCCACCUGCACAUACCACUCUCCCUUCCGGCUAUGCCGCUGCACCGACACCAACUGCCGCUGCAUUUCCAGAUCCCGCAGGCGCCGAGCCCGCCGCCGCUUCAGCGAGUCUACGGCUGCCCGCUGAAAAUCCCCGUCGUGCAGGGCCUGAGCACGUUGCCUCACCUCCAGCUGCCCUUCCAGCAGCUCGGCGUGCCCCGGUUCCACGUGCCGCAAAUAGCGGUGCAGACGAACGUGCCAUUCAUCAUCCCUGCACCGCCGCCAUUCGCGCAGCACGCGUUAGUUCCGCGAGAGCUCUCGGACACCAAGGGGAGCGGAGGCCCACUCUUCCGGGCCGCUUUGGGGCGCGGCUUCACACCCCUGCACCCGCUGCACCUACCGCGGAUGUCACAAACGAUAGUCGCAACCGAACAUCCGAGACUUCUGACGCCAGUAACUUCCCUCAUGGUUCCGGUGAAGAUCCAGACUCCGUUUCCUUCGUACAGCUACAGCAUGUACACCACCCUCUCACAGAUGCUGGUCACCCAAGCCCAAAGCAGACCUCAGCCAGUCGUCAUCUGCCAGUGGAACAAUAGACAGCUCGUGUUGGGUGCCUUGGGCCCUCGACCCAGAACCGGCCGUGCGACAGCAAGCCCUCACGUGUCUCCCAUCACGCCAGCUUCACCCGCCUCACCGUCGCACCAGCUUUUGAGUGAGAAGAUGCAGCUGUCAUCGCUGCCGGUGUCCGGGCUGGAGGGCGUGUCCGAAAUGCCUCUGCCCGUGGCUGGCAAGCGCAUGCUGUCACCCGCGAGCAGCUUUGAAAUCGCCAUGGAAAUCCGUGGACAAAACCAGAAGCGGGCCAAGGAAGAAGACCAUUCCGUCGGCUCGGAGGAGGGCAUUGAGCGGGCAUCCGAGCCAGAGAGGGUCAAAGCAUCUUCACCCGUCAGGUCAAGGCCGCCCACGUUGUUGAGACAGCACUGCACCACCGAGACUUUGGAGAGCAGGUCCACCACUCCCGUGAGCUCCACCCGCAGUUUAGCAUCCACCGACUCCUUUUCCAAACUAGAAGUCACUGUCGUGCUGGAGCAGGUGACUCAAGGAGAGGAAGUGGACAAGGAGUACAAGCCGAGCAUUUCAACGCAAGUUCUGCCAUCCGUGCGCUUCACGAGCAACAUGCCACCUGCCCCAGACCCUGCCUAUGACGACCUCCUCCCUGGAAAGUGUUCCCCUCCAAAGUCCACGCCGCCGAUAGAAAUUGUCAUCUCGGACUUGGCCGGCACCGCAACUGAGGUGUCGACGAGUCUGUGCAUGCAGGAGAUUGGCCGAGAGCAGGCAGUCUCAGCGGAAGCACGGGAUGUUCCAAAUCUCCAGCCCACCACGACCGUCACCUGGUGCUUCUUGGUGAACUGCCGGCCGAGCCCCGUGCCGCAGGAUAAGAACACGGAGUCGGUCUACGCCUCCUGGGGGCGUGACUUGGACCACAGAGGCAGCUGCAAUCCCCUAGGCCUGUCCACCAAGGCCGCGCUGGGCCUCCUGUGUUCACGGCAGAGGACCACCAUGUCCAUCUACACGAGCACGAUGAUUACCCCUGCACGGGAUGACCAGAUGGUGCAGUCCAGCCAGUGGAAGCCAAGGUUGGCUAAGGUUGACUCCCGGGAAAGCGGGGUCGGCGGGGUCAGCGGGGUCGGCGGGGUCGGCAGGGGUCGAGGGGUCGGCGGGGUCGGCGGGGUCGGCGAAGUCGAGAUCCCGGCUGCCCCCGAGGGCCCUGUGGAACCGGUGGCGGCGGCGACAACGCCUGGCGGUGCGCGGGAGGCUGGAGAUGCCGCCGCGGAGGCCUGCGACCCCACGAGACCCAGGCCUAAGCCCAACCGCAUCCGCAUAUUCAAGGGAGGGUACAAGUCAAACGAGGAGUAUGUGUACGUGCGCGGCCGCGGGCGAGGCAAGUACGUGUGCGAGGAGUGCGGCAUCCGCUGCAAGAAGCCCAGCAUGCUGCGCAAGCACAUCCGCACGCACACGGACCUGCGGCCCUACUCCUGCCGCGUCUGCUGUUUCGCCUUCAAGACCAAAGGGAAUCUCACGAAGCACAUGAAGUCCAAAGCUCACAGCAAGAAGUGUCUGGAGGUCGGGGUCAACCCAACCUUGCUGGAGGACCAGCUCGAGGAGGACGACCCAGGAGCCGAGGAGGAGCGGCUGCAGUGCUGGGAGGAGGUGCACCAGUUCUCCGACGUGGAGGAAUCGGAGGGGGCAGAAGACGACGACGUUGACAACGAAGACGACGACGAGGAGGAGGACGAGGAGGGAGGAGGCGGCGGCGUCGUCGUCGAGCUCGUGGGCGCGGACGCCCGCGCCCUCCGCUCGGCCGGAACGAGCCGUUCCGUUUCCGGAGAGCGGAUGGGUCCGGGCGACGAGAGGCUCCGCUCCGCUCCCGCUCGGCGCGGGGGACGGCUCGCGCGUGUGGAAUCGGAGGAUAGCGUGCGAGCCCACGGGCAGGAGGAGGACGAGGAGGAGGAUGAAGACGAGGAGGACGAGGAGGAAGAGGAGGCGACGCGGCGGUUUUCACAUGGCGGGGCGAGCGAGGGCCUGCAGUUCUCGCUGAGGACGUUCGGAGACUUUGGCGGGAGGGCGGCGAGCGUCAUCGCGCUCACCCUGCCCACGCGGGUGCCGUCCCGUGGUCCCGAGCUGGGCGCGAGAGACGACACGGAGGAACCCAUGGUGAUGACUCCUGACUGGAACAUCAAAGGAUUGGAGGAGUUGAUGCCACAGCUCCUGGUGACAUCAACGGCAGCAACGGCAUCAACCGCGCCUCUGCAGAACUUCCUCAGCCACCUCCCCCUACACUCGCAGGGCCUGGCCUGGGCCCCGUGCCGCACAGUUUCCGUGGGCGGGAUCCACAUGGUCCACACGGGUGUGGCGGGGCCCCCUGCUCGCGGCGCCGCGUGCGGAAUGGGCGGCGAGGCCCCGCAGAGCGGAGUACCCAGCACAGGCCUCCCGCGUGCGCAGCUCGCCGGUGCCGAGGAGUCACCGCCGCCGCCGCCGUCGCAGCAAGCCGAGGCGUUGGCGCGGAGCCGCGCGGCGGGGGAGCAGCCGGCGAGCGGUCCGCCCCCUCCUCCUCCACCACCAUCACCGGGGGUGGCGACGAGCGUCUUCGCCGGUCUUUGUUCGACGGCGGGAUUUCUGCCGGCGCAGUCCACGCCCGGACAGACUCAUCAGCAUCACGAAUCCCAUCUACAUCAUCAUCAUCAUCUUCGGCAUCUUUAUCGGCAUCAGCAGCAGCAGCAGCAGGAUACCGGGAUCGCGGCGGAAAACUCGACGGAGCCGUCCCCGAAUCAGCACUUAGAAACGUUGCACUACGGCCGUGCCGCAUGCACGGAAGAGGAGACGCAAUCGGCGGCGAGCGACCAGGCCGGGCCAACCGGCACUUGGGCAGAAGAGAGGCCGGAGCCGGCGGCAGUGGUGGCAGCGACAGUGAAUGCGGCGAGCAAGAGCCGUGCCGGCGACGGUGCUGCCGACGCCAGCCGAGAUGAAACUCGUGACGUGCGAGAGGAAGGGGCGCCCUGACAGGAGGGGUUAUCGUCGUUGCGUUUCUUUUUUAAAAAUCUCGUAUCGUUAUGAAAAAUCUCAGCACCCGGCGCUCUUCUUUCAGCUCGCUUGCACGAAAUCGAUACUAAGUGGCCGCGUUAAAGUGGUACGUUUUGUUAUUUUCGUUCUCCCCAACGAAAGGCAUUUAUCCUGCAAGAGUCACUUUUUGUUUUGUCGUCGUCGUUAUUGUUGUCGUCGGGAAAUAUUUGUAUAAAUGACCAAGUACAAUCAUGCGUCCGUUGUAAAAUAUUGUACAUACCUUUUUAGGGUGCACAGACCCCAACGUUCUCUCUGCGCAUUUCUCGUCAGUGCGGUUUCUCUGCUGCAGGCAGGGCAUACAAAGUUUAAUACAGCAGGAGAAGCAGGAAGUGCACCGCUUUUUGGUAACCGUUUUGGAAAUCAAGUUUGGGUCUAUAUAUGAAAAAUGCUAAAAAAGAAAAGAAAAUGUUUUGCAUCUUAUCUGUGAUGUUGCACUGAGAUGUAUUUUUUUAAAGGCUAUAAAACUGUUAAUGUAUAUAAAGCUAACUUACAUACUUAAAGUAUUUAUUGUAUUCAGUAUUUGUUUUUGUAAACCAUGUCUUUGAGCUGUGAUUAAUGCUUAUUUAUAAACAAUAAGCAAAAUGUUUCCUUUAAAAACUAAAAUAUAAUUAUA